AGUAGACGCAGCAGUGGCUUUGCGGUCAGAGCGAGAGCCAAUUCCGAAUUUUGGCUAACCGGAAUCGGCCAUAACCAUAUGAUAAACAAGCUUCCGAGUCCACAAAACUCGGAAAAAGAGGAUUCCUUCCACCAUUUCAAUUGAGGCGGAACAAACAAUCUGCUGCGUGGCCGGUUUCCCUCCCGCAGCGAUGAGUAAUAUUUCAGAAUCAUCUAAAGCAAGGAAACGCCGACGAGAGGCCGAAAUCGAAGUGGACGGCGAGGAAAAUGACAGUGAAACUAUCUCCCUAGAGGACUGUCUUACAUUCAGCGAUACUUUGGCGGCGCUUCGCAUGAUGCGAGCUCAGUUUCCCCACAUUGAUAAGGUUUCAGUUCAGCCAUUUAUUUUGCAGUCGCAGCUGUAUAGUAGUUUGAAAGACAGAACAGAAGUAGAUAGGGAAUUGGAGUGUUUAAAACGAGAAAAAGUAGUGCGCGUUUUCAAACUAAAUACUGGGCAAGAUGAUCAUGCAAUAAUGUUUCUGGAUGACUAUCUGAAGCAGAUAGACCAUGUGAUAUCAAGAUUCGAAGAAAGGAUGCAAUGCGGCAUUGAAGUUUUUCAGUGGUUUAAGACACAUGUUAUCGAUUGCAAAUUGGAACCUAGUAUUGGACAUCAGGAGCUUUGCACUCUCUUAUCUCUUGGGGGAAAGGUAAAAGAUGAAGAUAUCUCCCUCUUGAUGAACGCUGGACUCUUAAAUCGCCAACUUAUUGAUCCAAACAUGUAUUGGUUUGCAAUUCCAAGUAUUGGUUCAGUAUUGAAAGGCAUCUCUCAGGGUAGAAAGGAACUCAUUUCUUUGCUGAGACGUAGCAGAUAUAAAGAAAUGAUGAUGAGUUCUCUGCAGAAGAAGCGCCUUCGUUUUUCUUCACUCGAUAUGAGAUUUCAUAUUCGAGAUUUGAUUGGCUCUGGUAACCUCCGAACUGUGCAAUCUCCUACAGGCUUACUUGUUCAGUUAUCAAAACAUUAAAGCCAUUCUGUUUGUUAUCAUCUCCUCUUGUUUAUUAUCUCGUGGAAACUCGAAAGUUGGGUUGCUAACACUGGAGUACUUUUUGCAUAUAAUCGAAUUUAGGAAAAUGUUACUUUUUACCCCUGUACUUAGUCAGUCAAUUUUAACCUUAAACUGCCAGUUUUGUCCAUUUAAACUUUACACCUGAAUAAAUAGAGUUCGAUUGAGACCCUCGAUUAGACAA